UUAAUUGUUAAAGUUUGGAAAGUUCAAAUGCAUCUCAAUAAAAGAAAAAGUGUAAUAUUAUUUCUUGCAAGUGUUUACUUUUUCCUAAUCGAAGCACAGGAGCCCACUUUGAAGGAAAUAACAGAAAGAGAAUGUAGUUCAGACAAACCAUUCAAGUGUCUGCCUUAUGGAGUCUGCUACAACGCUGACCAGUUCUGCCAUGCUGGAACUGUCGAGUCGUGUUUCCCUAAGAACGUCACCACUGACCAGCUGGAGAACUGGUGCAAGACCACUGGUCAGUUCAGACCCGAGUUGAUGAGAGACCCCAAGCUCUGUGCUCUCUCUUGCCAGGCACGGUUCCCCUCACUCAAUCUCUCCAACGGUCAUGCAGGAAAAUACUGGCGUGAUGUAAGCAUCGGAGUAAGUGUUCCUCUAGGGAUUGCAGUCGUCUUUAUUUUUGGUUUAGGCUGCUUUCUAAUACGGAGAUCAUGUUGUAAGGAGAAAUCAAACGAUAAUUUAGCACCAGGUGAAAACCAUAAAGCAAAUCCACCAGACGGAAAUACAACUGAAAUGAUACAGCUUCGCCCGGGCCAUACUGACGAUACAAGCAUAACACAUAAAGGCAUCUUAAAUCACCAAACACCACCCAAUGGUCAGUGUGAUGACGCAAGGUUGCGUCGAGCUCAGUCAGGCACCACCAAUGGUCAGACAGCACCCAAUGGCCAGGAUGCAUUAGCUGGCCAGGCACCACCAAUGUUCAGACAGCACCCAAUGGUCAGACAGCACCCAAUGGCCAGGAUGCAUUAG